AUGAUUCAUCUUUUAAAUUUCAUAGCUGGCAUGAACGGCACGGAGGAGAGUAAGUACGAAGGUGGUAAACUCCUAGAACAAACCGUCUCUUCUGAAAAUUGUUUCGAUAGUAUGGAUUCUUACUGUUCCCACUGUUGCAACACGACGGAGUAUUCGGUAAAAUCGCUUCGUAAUUUCUUCCUCUCCAACAAUAAUCAUGAAGCAAAGGGUGAGGUGAAACCGACAUCGGCAAAAAUAGAGCGACUUCCGGAAUGCAAGUGCAAAGAACACGCCGAAGAGCACCGAUUGCCGGAAAAGAAGCCAUCAAACGAUCGUGUAAGUGAAACGCGUUCCGUGCAAGAACUAAGACACCUGUUCGAGACGAAAAUGAAAUCGCUCGAACAAUCGUCCGCCAAUGGAUCGUUCGGCACAUAUUCGAGACCUGUCUCCGGCAAGACAGAUGAUCGACAGGACACCGUCUCCCUGGACCCACCGCAUCCGGAAGGACAAAGUUUCAUGUACGGCGAAUCACCCAUCUUUAGCAAGCCAUGCACACGGUGGAGCAUUACCAAUACAAGUGUUGCAGAGAUUCCGAAUGGGAUGCAAAUUACCUUUACCAUGAUGAAGGACAGCAAACAUUGAGUGCCAGCGGGAACUU